GCCAUUUCUAUCAUUAGAUUUUUUUGAAAUUAAUGUUUGAAUUUUGUUGUGAAAUUGGUUUUAAUAUAUAUUUUAAUUUUAAUUUGAUAAAAUUGCUGUGAAGUUGGGGUUUAGGAUUUGAAUUUUGUUACUGUGAAAUUGGAUUUAGAAUUUGAAAUUGAUUAUUGUAAAAUUGGGUUUAGGAUUAGAAUUUUGUUACUUUAGAGUUUGGAAUUGAUUACUAUGAAAUUGAGUUUAGGAUUUAACUUCUAUGGUUUAAAAUUCUCUUUAGGAUUUUCUUUGCUUUAUUGUAAAAUUGAUAUUUGUUACUGUGGUUUUGUGAAAUUAAUGUUUAUUACUGUAAUUCUGUAAAAUUGUUGUGAUUCUAUUAUCUUUAAAUGUUUUAAUAUUGUAUUAAAUAAGUUUUAAUUUGAAGGAUUGUCUAAGAUGUCUGCAAUGAAUCAUAUUCUUGAGAAAAGGAACUUAUAGCCACUAAUGUUCAACCGAGUCUUUUCAAACUACAAGAAUCCUAAUCUUAAGAAAAGACUAUUGAUAUUAUAUUUGUAUUAUAAUUGUAUUGUUUGUGAGAUGAUGAUAUUGUUUGUGUUAAAUUUUUAAUUUGUAUGUUCAUUGGGUUAUAUAAUAUUAUUGUAUUUUUUGUUAAUUCGCAAAUAAAAUUGAAUAUUCACAAAUUAAGUACGAAUAAAGUUAAGAUUGACAUGUUUUUAACCCACUAAUAAAGUUAGAGUUGGAUUUAGACUUUAUAUCCUAUUUUAUUCAUUGCUACCUUUAAAACUGAAGGAAGAGGCUUUUCGUUCGUCAAUGGUGGUUGAUAAUAAUGAUGGCCAUGUUGGUGGUGUUCUUGCAAAUGAAAAGCUUUCUGGAAUUGGGAUAAUUGUAUUGUGUUAUUAGUUUUUAGACUAAUGAAUUAUGAGCUAAUUACUAUGGUACUUGCAUGGUUAUUUGGUGUUAAAAUUUUGUUAAAUUUAUUUUUUAUAAUAAAUUUAUUAACUCUUAUCUUUUCCCUUAUGUUUUUCCGUUAAAUGAAGAAGUAGAGAUUAGGCAUGAAGAUUAUCAUUUGAAAUUAGAAAAAUGAAUUAAUUGAUGAUCCAUGCAAGUACGAAUUAUAGCGAGAUUGAUACGAAUACUUUUCUUGAAAAAAUAUCUAUCCUUUUCUUUCUUGCCAUUUCUCAUUGGGUAGACCCACAUCAAUUUUUAAUAUAUUUUAGUGGAUUACAUUAAUUGUUUUAUUAAAUCUGCAUACUGACCACAAUUUGGUAUUCGAAUAGAUUCAAAUUUGAUGCAUACCAUAGUGUAGUGAAAGAAGUUUUAUGCUCACAUCUCUUUUAAAAGAAAAGACCAGGUAAUUGAUUUCGUUAAAUUAUUGUGUAACUUUAUGUUUUUACUACAUUAAAAUUACUUAUUUUAAAAUGUGAAAAAUAUAUUUUAAAAAAAUAUAGACAUCAAAUCACUUCUGUCCAGUCUAAAAUUUUUAACUUAGAAUUUAAUUAAUUAGAAAUUAUUAGAAAAAUUAUUAAAGUCCAAUUUGAGUAAAUAACUUAAAUAAGUUCUUUUGAAAAAGGAACUUAAAACAUAAUGACUUUUAUUAAAAACAGCUUAUAAAUAAAUUAUUUUGUGUAUUAAUUAAAUAAAAAAUUAUUAAUGAGUAUUUAUAAUAAAUUUAUUUUGAUAUAUGUGCGUGAGCGUGACAUAUAUUGAUCGAAGAGAAUAAAACUUUUACUUUUUAUUUUACUCUCAGAAUACUUAAAAAUAAUCAGGACAAUUAAUUGAAAGUCUAUCUGACACCAUUUUUAACGGAAUGUAUAGUAAUUUUACCAUCAAUAUAUAACAAUAAUUAAACACACCCUCUAAAUCAAUAUUUUAAAUUAUAUAAAGCAUUUUCUUGUUAAGAAAGCAUUUGACAAUUUCUCAAAUGGUUGUUGAGAGGAUCUUAAUAUCCAACUACUUAUUACAGUUUACCUUUUUCUCUUUUCUAACAUUCAACAAUUAUUCAAGUUGCGAAAUUCAACUUUUAGUUUUAUGGUUUCUGGCGACAAGAUAUUGGGAGAUUCAUUUUAACUAGAUAUAAAUAAAAAUAUAUUUUAGAUAAGUUAAAUUCUAUUUGCAGAUAAUACUAAUAAAAUAUUUAUUGUUUUUUGUUUUUUUUUUAAAGUUAAGAGUAAGACUCGAACCUGAUUUCUAAAUGAAUAUGAAAAGAUUAUGUCAUUUGAAUUAUAAAUCGUUGAUACAAAAUAUUUAUUGUUAGUUUGUAUGUUUAAGUUAUAUUAUAUCUCAUGCAAGAGAAUUACAAGAAUAUUCAUGUAUGGAUUACUUACUAGAGCUGUUUGCGCAAUAAAGAAAAUAAAGAACAAAGCAACUUCCGUAUAUCGAUUGGCUAUGACAUACUUCUUGUUUGAUUCUUGUAGUUUUUAAUUGUGCAAAUGAUCAUGGUGGGUUAGUUACGUUUUUUGAAAAAAUAAUUAUUAAACUCCGAGUUAGAAGUGCAAGGUAUAAAACAGCUAUCACUCAAACAAAAAUUAAUUAAAAAUAGUAUUAAGAGUGGCUGAUUUUUUUGCUUAUGGAAAGAAGCCAUGUGUAUCACCAUGAAAUGGAAGAAAUGUAAAAUAUUGCACUACUAUAGGUUAGAGACAAAAGGUAACUUACGAUUUAUAUUUGUUAAAUAUUUUUUAUUUUUGAAAUAAAAUAAACGUAGCUUACAUUUUAGCUUUUUAUUUUUUUUUUAAUUUUUUUAGUUGGCUUUUAAAAAAAUGCACCUUGCUUUUUUGCACCUGAAAAUGCUGAUUUUUUUUUGAAACUCACAAAACGUAGGUUGCGUUUUGUUAGUGUCAGAAACUUUUCUUGAAAGUCCAAAAAUGCAUCCUGCGUUUUGUGCACAUAAUAAUAUUUAAAUUCACAAAUUUGCCUAUAAAUACGAAGUCCGAUUUUGUUUUUCUUCAUCUUCACUUCUCCUCUUGGUUUUUCUUUCAUAAAGUCCUCAAUAGGGUGUUUUUUUGGCAGAUAACUGUGUCAAAAAAAUAGAGUUAGUUGAUGCUGAAGUUAUGGAAGGUGUUGCAAACUUGCGAGUAUAUUAUAACGGUGAGGUUAUAACAAACACAUGAAGGAGUGACCUUUGUUUGUGAAAGUCCAUUGUCAUUUGCCAUUCCAUGUACCAUGAGUUUUGUCGAGUUGCAAAAUGGUCUUUGUAAUAACAUUCAAAGCCACAUUUUGAAAAGGGUGAGCAAUCUUUUAUACAGAAGUCCUGUGCAAGUAUUUGGUGGGCUAAUACAGUUUCAAAUAAUGGCCAUCACUGACGAUGCCAGUAUGCAGCAGAUAUUUUAUAUUUAUCAACAAACCCGAUCUCAAGUGCCGAUGAUAGAGCUGUACGUUGAGUUUGAACAGCAGUUGGGGAUGAGUACGGUCGGUGAGGAGGUCAAUGUUGAUGAGCUCGGGGAUAUAGAUUGGGAAGAAGAUAAUAAUGAUAGCGAAGAGGAAUUCGAAGCUAACUAUGAAGUCGAUGACGAAAACGAUGACGGAGACUUGGCAGGCAAUCCGGCGGUGCAAAAUGAAGCGAAUGCCGUUGUAAGCCAACACCCGUUUGGUGUUCCGUCUUUUAUGCAGACUCUAGAUCUCGAAGCCAUGCAUGCCCCGAAAUUUCCUGAGUAUGCGAAUACGAGCAACGUUGCGGCGGAAGAUGGCGAGUUUAGUGUCGGAAUGGAAUUUGGUUCGAGAGAGUCAGUGAUAUCUGCAAUCAAAAGCUACACCAUUUCUAGAGGAGUUGAUUACACUGUGUAUGAGUCUGAGCCGCAGACAUUCUAUGCGAAAUGCAAGGGGUAUGGUGCAGGGUGAGACUGGCUUAUCCGAGCUAGCUUGAUUCGAAAAAAAGCUUGUUGGGAGAUCAGGAGAUACAAUGAGAAGCACACGUGCACGAUUUCACAAGAUCAUGCCAAGUUGGACUCAGACACAAUUGCAGAUGCCAUUAGGCCGUUGGUCGAAGCAGAUCCCUCGAUAAAGGUGAAGUCCGUUAUUGCAGAAAUUCAAGGUAGGUUCAACUACACUGUGAGUUACCGUAAGGCUUGGUUGGCAAAGCAGAAAGCUGUUGCAAAAGUUUUUGGUGAUUGGGAAGUUUCUUACCAGACUCUGCCAGUGUGGUUGAAAGCAAUGACAGUGAAGAUGCCAAGGUCUCGUGUUCAAAUUAAAACGCUCCCCGUUUACCGUGAGAGUGAGGAGGUUCAAGGUGUAAGAGUUCUGCACCGCAUUUUUUGGAGCUUCUAUCUGUGUAUUGUAGCAUUCAGACACUGCAAGCCACUGGUGCAGGUUGAUGGCACGCACCUGUACGGAAAAUAUAAAGGUGCACUUCUGGUAGCUGUUGCAUAGGAUGGGAAUCAAAACACUGUGCCUAUUGCAUUUGCGAUUGUCGAGGGCGAGACAGCAGACGCGUGGGAGUUUUUCCUAACCAAUUUGCGGAGAUAUGUUGUUACCAUUGAUGGUGUGGGUAUUAUUUCUGACCGCCAUACCUCCAUCGACGCUGCAAUAGCUCGCAGUAACGGUGCAUGGUCACCACCAAGGGCGUGGCACAUGUACUGCAUCAGGCACAUCGGGACCAACUUCUUAAGGAGGUUCAAGGCUUCAUAUUUGCAUAAACUCGUGGUCAACACAGGCUAUUCUAGGACGGAGUAGGAGUACAACAAAAAUACCAAAGGCUUAAAGAGCGGGAUGAGGCAUAUACUCAAUGGUGCGAUGAGAUCGGUGUUGAGAGAUGGGUGUUGGCAUUCGAUGGUGGUCAUCGUUGGGGACAUAUGACAACAAACUUGGUAGAGUGUAUAAAUUCUAUCCUGAAGGGUGCACGUAACCUUCCUGUGACUGCCCUUGUCCGGUCAACUUUCUAUCAGCUGAAUGAGUUGUUCACUCGGAAGAGUACUGAGGCUCAUGACCGUCUCCGCAACGGAUUCAUGUAUUCAGAAUUUGCAACGAAGAGAGUUGAAGAAAGCUUUCGACGUGCAAGAAACAUUGUGGUCAACCGGUUCGACAGGCGCAACGAGAUGUUUGAGGUCCGCGAAAUGCAAGAUGGUACCAUUUACACUGUUAAUCUUGCGCAACGACACUGCGACUGUGGCCACUUCCAGGUUGAGCGACUUCCAUGUCGCCACGUGCUUGUAUGUUGCGCCAACCAGCGUCUUGAUUGGCAAGUGUACGUGCACGAUGUGUACAAGAUGUCUCAAAUUUGCAAGGUGUACAGAGGCGAGUUUGUUCCGAUGGGUGACCCAUCUACGUGGGAUAGAUAUGAAGGAGCGAAGGUAAUUGCCAACUAGACAUUGAGGCGCGCGACAAAGGGAAGACCGAAGUCAACCCGCUACUUGAAUGAGAUGGAUUCGCGGGAUAUGCGUGGUCCUCGCCAGUGUACGGUUUGUGGACGCGAGCUGCAGCCGGUGUCCUCAGCGCGCAGAUCCAAGCUCCGCUGGAGGACAAUAGUGGCUAAGCUUUUGUGUAACUUUAUUAUCCCCUACAUCACAGUUGUGUGUGGCUUUUAUGUAACCUGGUCCUCUAUUUUAAAUUAGUUAACACUUAUUAAAUCAAUAAAUAUUUUAAACUUGUCAUGUAACUUUCUAUGUUGUUAACUUUCAUUCUAUGCGGUAAACACUGAAUAAUAAUUAAGCAGGAUAAUCUGGGACGUCUUUUAUGCGAGCACAAAGCUAAAUAUAUAACAACAAUAAUACUUAACACUACCAAGUCAUAAUACAAUACUGAA